GAUCCAAUAGAUCUAAACUCAGACACCACUUCCACAACAUGGCCGAUGGUAUCUACUGAAGCUAUGACAACGGAGACUCCAGAAACGUCAAAACCUCCCGACAUCUGGAAGGCGCUGUCGUUUCUGAUUGAUGGACAGUCAGACCCGGGAGAGAUACAGCAGUACUUGAAAGGUGACGGAGAGGAGGACACGCGCCUGACAGAAGCUUUGCAGAUGGUGUACAGCCAGUCUUCAGACAUUGACAGUGCAGAGAAAGUGGAACUUCUGGCUAAAGCAACAGACCUUCUCCUUACAGCAUCUGGGCACCUCAAUCUAAAUGAUCAAGCUACAGGGGGAUUCAUUGUGGGGAAAAUGGCAAAAUCCAUAGAGGAACUCUCGGAGAAGGGCGCCCCCUUUCCACAACUCAAGCCAGCUGCUUCAGCAAUUGUUGACACGGUUUCGACGCUGGUAGAGGCUACAGUCUUUGAGAAGGAGGGGACACUGAAGGACGAAUCUCACCUUCUUCCGCCGAGAAAACGGAAGGUGUAUAAGGAGAAACUGGACAAAGAGCGACUAGAAAGGAAGCAAAAACAUUGGAAACUUAAAAAGGAGGCCGUGUCAGCGCUGAUGGAAAUGAUUGAUCAUGUCGCCAGUGCUCUUCUAAGGAGUUCGGCGGUUCCGGAGUCCGCUACGCUGGGACAGAAGACAGUCCAGCUGGCCCUGAAGAAGGAGGCCGAGUUGGGAGAGGAACCUCUGUCCCUCCCUGCUGGGAAAGUGGACUUUCCCACUGAUGACGCGUUGCUGCCUUUUACCUCAUCUUCAAACGUCGGAUGGAAGAUCACAGGCUUCAACGACAACCCUUACAUAUGGGACAGAUCUGCAGGGGAUAUCAAGUCGUCAGUAGUGGACGUCACUUUGGGAGACGCCAAGGGGAAAGAAAUCCCCGUUAACGGCCUGUCUGAAGCCAUUACCAUCGUUCUACAGAACAGGCCAGAGAUGUUUCAGGUCGGACAUCUCGUGAACUACAAACACUACGAUAACGACACCAUGGCGUACCGAGACUUCCAGGCCCUGGAGAACGCCACGUACGGGGUCACACUGACGGUACGGACCGCCGGCUUCAUCAGAGAGGCCAGAAUGUACGGAAAGCUUGGCGGUGAUCCUACCGACAUAGACCACAACUUCAGCAAAUUCCUUUCGUGGGAGGACUUUGACAUCACGGGGUAUGAAGGCAACCAGACUUCCACAGCCUUCAUUGUACUUCCCGUCGAGAAGAUCAACAAUGGGAGAGGACAGUACACCAUUGGCCUUAUAAUGGACGAGUGUCUGUCGCAGAAGUGUAAGUACUCGGUGGAUAUCGUCAGGAUCAGCUGCCGGUACUGGGAGUCAGACGACAACGCUUGGAAGGGAGACGGCUGCAAGGUCAGCCCAAAGACUACCCGGGAGGAGACAAUCUGCCUGUGCGACCACCUAACUGCCUUCGGAGCCGACAUCGUUCUGGUUCCCACUCAAGGCAACCUCUGCUCGCGAUCAGAAGUUGGGCAAGACAGCUGUAUGGUCUGUCUGGAAGAGUAUUGAACACAAGAAAAAGCGUUCCGAGUACCCACUUUACAUUUUCUCAUUAUGAAAUGAACUAGUCGCAGAUCAGAUAAAGCUUUGUGAAAUAGAAAGACAAUUUGCUGAAUGAAAAUAAGCUUUAAGUUUGUAGAACGAAAUAAAAUCGCAGGCUCCGAUGGUAACCUUGCAAAACAUUGUGCACUUGUAAGAAUGACUUUAUUUACCUUAAGUGAAUAAUAUCCAUUAUUUGUACAUGUAAGUAAUCACACUACAACUCUUUUAGGUCAUAAUCUACUAUUUGGUAUUCAAUACUCUGUGUGUUUAAUCAUUAGAUGAACCUUUUCAACCACUGGCAUGUUAUAUUUAAAAGAAAGUAAUAUUUUCUAGGCAACCUUUUUUUAUUUACACGCUCGGAUUAGCUUUUAGGGUUCUAAGCGGAUGUCAUCCAUAUAAGGAAAUCGGCAUGGCUUACAUUUCGACAUUAGCUGCCGCACGUUGGAUGAUUAGGAUAAGCAGCGGCCUUGUACAAAAAGCAAAUGUGGUACGCUUAUCUUAUAGUCAUUCAGGCAUAUGGAUGUAAUGUUCAAAAAAUUUAAUAGAUAUGUGCUUUGCUGACAAAUACAGCCAAUAGUAUAAAAUGUUUAAAAUACUAAUAUUCAUAUAUUUCGAAUAUUUUCCGGCAUGUUGCAUAGACUAAAUCUUUCAUUGACCAUAUACUUAUUAAUGACAUUUAUAAGUGAAUUUUAAGUAAAAAUAUCGGACAAUUUUAAAGUAUAAAUGUUUCUAAAUUACUUGUACUAAUUUUCAAACAAUGUUGUAAUGGUGAACUUGUAUGGCUGCAAUUGUACUCACCUACACAAUUCAGGCUCAUAUGCCUGCCAUGUGGUGUUUUUAAUAAAGUUCAAAGUACACACUGGGAUUUUGGGCUUUCCUGGGGGGUAGUUA